AUGCGCCCCCGCAUCCCUGUCGGGCCCCACUCGCGCGAGCCUCAGGUCCUCCUUCGGGCGGGCGGCAUUGGCGGGCGCCCGCACUGGUCGCGCGUCGGCCCCGCGCGAUCCGCGUCAGGAUCGGCGUUCGGAACCGCAGCCGGAUCGGACGGCGGUGGAUCAAUGAGCCCCUCGGCGUCGUCGGCGCCCUGGAUGCUGAUGGGGCGCGUGGUGGGGGAGGCCAGCGUGCCCCUCGGGAACGACGGGGUGAUGGCGCUGAGGUUGAGAGACGCGCGCGCGAAGCUGGGCCUCUCGGAGGAGGGGCUGGCGGGAAGAAUUGAGGCUUUGUUGAAUCUGAUUCCAGACUUGCAAUCUCGGGUUGAAAGACUUCCACAAGACAUUCUCUGUGGACUGCUGCAGGACUUGGAAGGAACUGCUAGUAAAAUGGUCAUCCUCACGAGACUGCUCCCUGAUGCCAAUAUCUCUCUCAUCGUCGCUCAAUGCCCCCACCUGCUGUUCGACAGCACUUUCAAAGGGUUGCCUGACCAACUGGAUAGGCUGCAAACCUGCCUGUCGUUGGACAAGGUCAGCAUGGGGUCAAUGCUGGAGCAGAAUCCAAGAUUGCUGCUGUGUGAUGUGGAGGCAGUCAUGGAGGAUCUUGUGAGGUUGAUGCCCAAUCACGACCCUGCUCAAGUCCUCCAGCAGAACCCCUCGAUGCUUUUCGCAGCAGAGAGAGGACCAGCUGCCUUGGGCCCAGGAGCUGAGUUUGUUCAGGAGUAG